AUGACAUCUCAUCAUCACUCACUUCUCUCUUUUGCUACAUUGGCAACUACGUUCUCCGUUGUCUUUCUUUGUAGCUUCUCUCUCACUGAGGCUCUCAAUGGGGGCUUUAGUGUGGAUCUCAUCCACCGUGACUCCCCAAAUUCUCCCUUCUACAACCCUUCAGAAACUUCUUCGCAGCGCAUAGCUAAUGCCUUGCAUCGUUCUGUUAACCGUGUCAAUCAUUUUAAGCCAAAGUCCUCGGUCUCUACCAAUUCACUCCAAACAGAUGUAAUCUCAAAUAGCGGUGAAUUCCUUAUAAAAUACUCUGUUGGUAAACCACCAGUCCCAAUGUUAAGCAUUGUUGAUACUGGUAGUGAUUUGAUUUGGAUACAGUGCACACCUUGCACUAAGUGCUACAACCAAACAGCUCCACUUUUUAAUCCUAAAAAGUCCGAAACCUACAAAAAAGUUUCUUGCUCUUCAUCUCAAUGUAAGUCUCUAGAAAGAACCAAGUGCUCAAAUGAUGGAAAAAAUUGCCAAUAUUCAAUGUCUUAUGGCGAUUCUUCAUUCACAAAUGGAGAACUUGCUAUGGACACUCUCACUCUAGGAUCAACUACAAGUCAGUCUGUGCCUUUUCCUAAGACCAUCAUAGGAUGUGGACAUGAUAAUCAUGGAUCCUUUGGUAAGGAAGGUUCUGGCGUUGUUGGCCUUGGAGGCGGCGCAGUUUCCCUUGUUUCCCAAUUGCAUUCUUCUAUUGGUGGCAAGUUCUCCCACUGCUUGAUACCAUUAAAUUCAAAAGACAAAAACUCAAGCAAAUUGAAUUUCGGUAGCAAUGCCGUGGUUUCGGGUUCUGGAGUCGUAUCUACUCCCAUAGUCCACAACCCCCAAAACCCAGUCACCUACUACUUCUUAACACUCGAAGCAAUGAGUGUUGGCAGCAAAAGAUUGGAGUUAAGCGAUUCUUCUACGUUCGAAGAUUUAACGGGAAAUAUUAUCAUUGAUUCAGGCACAACAUUGACAAUAUUGCCAGAAUAUUUCUACUCCAAGUUUGAAUUAGCAGUAGAAGAAGCAAUUCAUUUAAAGCGCAGUGAAGACCCGAGUCUAAUUCUAAGUCUUUGCUACAAGACCUCAAAAGAUGAUAUAGGUGCACCAAGAAUCACAGCACAUUUUACUGGUGCAGAUGUAAUGUUGAGUCCAAAAACCACCUUCAUUAGACUAAGUGAGAGAUUUUUGUGCUUGGCUUUUGGGGCUGGUGAAACACUUUCCAUCUUCGGUAACUUGGCCCAGUCCAACUUGUUGGUAGGCUAUGACCUAGUGAAGAAAACUGUAUCUUUCAAGCCAACAGAUUGCACCAAGCUCUAA